GGCGCCUGCCGGACGGCAUGACCGAGCAGGACUGGGAGCGCUGGCGCCGCCUGCUGCCCACGCGCAAGGGUCGCCCCAGGAAGUACCCGCGGCCUGACGACCUCCUCCUCAUAGAGCAGCUGAAGGCGGGCCGUCGUUUGCCGGCGGACAGUGCUACGUACAGAGAGCUUCAACAUUCCCACGCUGCGGCGCCGCGAACGCCGACAUCUCGGCCGAUGGACGACCUGGAGCGCGCCUCGUCGACGGACAGCGAGCCGGAGCCGGAGGAGGACGUGUCCGAGGCGGAGCCGGAACUAGAACAGAAACCGGGGCCGCACUCGGAGCUGGAGCUGGAGCCGGAGGAGGACGUGUCCGGGGCGGAGCCAGAACUGGAACCGAAACCGGAGCUGAAGUCGGCGCUGGAGCUGGAGCCGGGGGAGGACGUGUCCGAGGCGGAGCCGGCGGCGGGUCACGGCCCGCCGCCGGCCUGGCCUGCGACAGCCCGCCCGGCCGGGGCCCGCAGGCCAGCCGGUGCACCGACCGAUCCGUACGGCCGGCAAUACGUGACCUCGCGCAGCGGCGCUGCCGGCGGCGCCACCUAUCGCCAGCUGAUGGGACUGCGCGGUGCGCGUCGGCCGGCAGCUGUCCGCCUUCUGCAGGCUGGCCGACGCGCGCUGAAAGCGGCGCGUAGACACACGGCGCGCGCCGGGACAGGGGCCACCGCCGAAAUGAAUGUGGAGGCGGCCGUGGAAAUGUGGAAUGUUCCCGCCGCGGUGCAGGCGGAGGCGAGCGUGGACGACGAGCCGGAUCCGUUCAGGCCGGCCGAACGCCAGCUGAAGCAGGAACUGCUGGACGAUCUCUGGAAGGAAGAGGUGACGGUAGAGGCAGGCCUCGAGCAGGGGCAGGAUCUCAGUGGCGCGAGCGGCACCGGCCUGGUGGAUGUCACGUCAGACGGCUCGGACGUGGCGCUGAGCCCGCCGGCUGAGAACGGCGACGCGGCCGGCGCCGGCUCCGAGGAGGGCGACGCCUUCCUGCUGGCGCAGUGCGUGGACGUGGUCCCCGACUCGCCGGCCGCCGCCAAGGCGUCUCGGCGCACGCCAACCGAGCAGCCGGCCGCCGGUGACCCGUACGCCAAGACGUACCACACGGGCGCGUCGCGACGUCGCGACCGCGGCAGCUGAGCGCGCACUCCCUGCCGCCUGCAAGUGCGGCGCGCCGCGUUAGUCAGCCGGUGCGGCGCGCCGGGUAUGGCCGUGCCGGCCGGCACUCAUCACCACCCCAGAUCAUUGUAGUCAAGCCAGCCCCCUCCCCUUAGCGUUCCCUGUGUUCCCUCCUGGCCGAGUGCAGCACGGCGUCGUUUUGGCGCGUCUUUUAAUAAAGUUUGCUGACGAUGUGACGACGGUUGUGUCUCGACCCCGGGCGAUCGACACCGCCCCGCCUCCUCCUCCUCUCCCCCGGUGUCCCUCACCCGAGCCGUCGGCGGAGCUUUACAUCAGUGUGCGUGCCUGAAUGAUUUAAGAAGCUUGAAAGUUGCGUGUUCGAGUGGUUCAGGAAGCUGGUGAGUGGAAUGUCUGAACGCUACAGAAAGUUCGGUAAGCUGUGUGUUCUGGAGACCCGGGAAGGUUUUGAAUGUUCUUGCGGGAGGUAUGCUGGGUGACUUACGUUAGUCUUGACUAGUGCUGUCGCAGCAAAUACUUCUGGUGAUUACUUCGGAAUGUGCGGUCCAAUUGCGCGUCACUCACCCGCUCUGAGUUUAACUGGACGUCUUUCGGCUUUUUCAUUAUCUUGUUUUUUUUGUGGGUGCGCUGUACGACAGCGCCCCACGUCCGGCAUCGUGCAUCUUCCCUCCCAGCAUCUUCGUCGUGCAUCUUCCCUCCCAGCCUUGUCAUGUAAUUCCUUUCCGUGUAUUUGGCAUGUUCCUUUCGUUCUGGCAUUCAAUUUCAUGUUAUUUAUUAGAAACGCGUGGACAAAAUGGUUAUCGAUUUCACUAGAAUCGUGCCUGCUUUUUUAGCUUGGACACCGAAGCAGCGUUUUUUCGGUGGGCUGAAUCCCAACUGGUUUUGGAUUUUCAAAUGGUGGCCUACCGUGAGAUGGGCCUGAACCCUUCGGCCACUUGGGGCACGCAGCGGCUGACCGCCACUCUUUUCUAGGAUUAUAUAUGGUACCCAAACUGUUGGAUCGAUGAGCGCAACAUUGCCAUGUCGUGUCGGCGAGUUUCUGGGCGGACUGAGAUGGAUGAUCAGCUGUACCUGGUUCCUGGGGCGCCUUCAGGCAUCUCCGCUGCUGGCCAACUUGCGCAAACCAAGUGGACUGGCUCUACGCAAUAUGCGGCUGUUCGGUCCGUGGCGGCGAUAAGUUUUAGUUCAUGAUUUUG